GAGGAAUCCCGCACACAGCAACGAAGACCCAACGCAGACAUAAAUAAAUAAAUAAAUAAAAUUAAAAAGAAAACAUUAGCAACUUUCUGAUAAAAGAUUAAGAAUGAUAUGCAAAAUAUUAGCCAAAGAACCCAAAACUCAAAUCGAUGUUCUGUGCGGUGGUUACCAGGGGAGAUCAUAGAGUAGAAAGCUUAAGGUUAGUGGAGAACCUGAAACUCUUGGAAGAGGUGUAAUGCCCGGCACCUUGGUCCCUAAAUUGUUCAUUAGAGAGGCAGCAAAGCACCCAUGUUUUGGCAAAGGGGAGUCUUACCCCAAACUUCACCCACCACCAAAACCCCCAUUAGUUGUGUAAUGAAUCAGUUUGACUUUAUGACCUGUGUCCUGGAAGUGCUACUCGGUGAUGUCAUGGCCCGUUGCCAUGGGAGGUAGGAGAGAGCACCCGUUGAGCGUGAGUGCAUGCGCGCGCGCACACACACAUGGAUGUGCUGAGACCUGGGAUUCUCCGGCAACAGUGACAUGUCAAAUGGCAAUUUGCAACUUAGAACCACAGAGAGGGUUUGUUUUCCUAUUCUGUCGGUCCCAGUUAUUUAACUGAUGGCAGAUGUCCUCAUUAAGGGCUAUUAGCGCAUCAGAAGAUGUUUGCUGAGCCUGGAGAAGGUCUAACCUCUUUUACAUGGACCAAAAUACAUCUUCUCGGGUAGCCAACCCCUCCCUGUGGGUGACAGUGGUGGGGUGAGAAGCAAAGAGGACUCGGGAUAUCUUAAAACUGUACAUCAGCCAGGAAGUCUUUUUUAGCAUGAGUUUAUGUUUCGGUCAAGGACUUCCGUAAGUCGAGAAUGUAACAUUGUAAAGCUGGAUUUGACUGUGUGUUGAAACACUGUUAUUGUUACCCUGAAAAAGAUGUUUCUUGAUUUCUCUUUGCCGACCCUGAACCAUAUGGCAAGUUAGGGGCUGGCUGGUUAUUAUGGACCAUCAGUAGCUCCCAAGAAAGAAACCAAUAGGGGGGUGAGUUGAAAGUAGAGAUCAGGGAAGAAAGAUUUGAAGGAAGCGGUGGUUACAUUGGUAGAAACAUGCUGGGAGGGGGUUGGGACCCUCAAGCUAAGGUAUAAAGUAACAGGCCGUCCUGGAAAGUCCCUCUAGAGUCUACAUUAACCUGGAUCCUCUUCCUGCCUGCAUGGCAGACCUCUGUAGGUGCUUGAAUUCACUUCCAAAUCCCCGAAGGACUUGAGGGAUGGUGUUAUCUGUUGAGCCAUGUUCCUAAUGUAAUGCUGAUCAACGCACCUGGCCAUCCUGCCCAGCCUACGUUUAAUCUAGAUUCAUGUUUUUUCACUUCCAUGCUAUCAAUCCUCAGUGUAAAUUCGGCUAAGAUUUCCCUUAACUUUUGGGAUUGAUUACAUUAUCUCUCUCCACCCUCUCAGAGGGCAAUAUUGUGUAUAAAGGUCUUCCCAAACUGCUAAAUGAUUAACAGUGACCUGGACUGUUGAACAAGGUUGGAGGAAAGCAUUGGCCUUUAUUUUGUAGGUGGGAGGCUAAGAUGCAAGUGGAGAAUGGGUUUUCAAGGAAAGAAAAAGCGCACAAGGAGACUUGCAGGAUUGGGAGCUGUUUUUUUGUUUUGCUUCUGCUUCUUUUUUUUUUGUUUCCUGUAGAGGUUCACUGACAUAGGGGAAAAAAAUACCAUGUAGAUGAAAAGCAACUUGAGUGUUUUAUUUUGAGAGAUCUCACACCUAUUGGAAUAAUGGUAGGAUCAGGCCCUUUGACACCAGAUAGACAUGAGUUCAGUCCCUAGUGGCUGCCUUUCCUGGUUGUGUAGCCUUGGCAACCUAACCUCUCAGUGGCUCAGUUUCUUCAUCAGACAUAAAAGACCAUAUGUUUAUCUUAAGUCGCUCUGAGGAUUAAAUUAGAUACAAUUUGCGAAAGCUGGUGCUAUUAGGCAUUUAAUAAAGGCAGUUUCCCUUCCUUCUUUCUCUUCUGCUUUUAAAAAUUAAGAUUUGGGCGCACUAUAAAUAAAACAAAUAAUAAAAGGUAUUUCAGGGUGGAAUUCAGGCCAGUUAAAGGUGAAAGGCCAGAGAAUGCAUGUGGGAAGAAGCCGGAAGUGGGCAGGUUCACCAACUGUGCAAAUCCAGCAGGCUUUGGAAGGUGCAGCUUCACAAAGCAAAUAAAAAGCGUUCUUUACAUUUAAAAAAAAAAACAGACUUAACAAAAACAUCGUCAGAGUCUGUUAGCCAAAUAUUUCAGGCUCCGUCUGGAAGCCCAGGAAUUUUGGAAAUACUACCCUUUCUUCAUUUCAGUGGUAGAAACCUCAAACUUCCUGCUGUGGAAAGUGGGGGUGGCCACUGUGUUUUUUUCUUUCUUUUUGUUUUUUUUUUUUUUUUUUGGGUCAAGAGCAGGAUUGUUUCUUUCUCUGGAUGGAUGCUGCCAUCUGAUGUCUCUAAGUGGCACUGUGGCUUCACUUCUAGCUCAGCGAUAUUAAACUGAGGGUUUGAGAUUCUUGUUUCUGGCCUGAGGCUUCGAGGAUGGUGGUAGGUGACUGAGUUUUUAAAACCAAAUUAGCACCAAAUCAGCUUGGACAUUUUUUUUGGUAGUGGUAAAGAAUUUACUCCUUACGUUUUUAUUCCUUUUGAUGACAUACAUAGUAAAGCUUUCCAAUAGAGUGUUACUAAAUAUAAAGUCACCAGACACCUAGAGAGGAACUCUGUAGGAUGCUGCGAUUUUGACCUUUUUCUUAUCUCUUUGCUUUCUAGGGAAUUCAUGGUGGAGAUACCAUACUCUCUGAUUCUAGCCCUUGAAGCUCUGAGUAAAACACUGAUAAAAAUGUGCCAAACCCUUUUCCUCUGUAUUUGCGACUUUAUUCUUAUCUUUUAAACUUAUUUUUACCCUUCACGUUUUGUUAUUGUGGAGAUGUUUGCCGAGCAUACUUUGCUGGGAUGGUUGGGAAGGAGGCCAGGAAUCGGGAGACGAGAAGAUGGCAUGGGACCCAAACGAAACCCCGAGGAAAGGCAGCAGCAUGGCCAGCGUUCUGUCCCGGCGCCUUGGCAAGAGGUCCCUCCUGGGCGCCCGGGUGUUGGGGCCACCCGGGGCUGCCCCACCCUUGGAGCCUCAGGCAGAGCUGCUUGAGGGGGCGGCUCCCCAGCCCUUCCUUGCCUCUAAGGACACGUCCUGCCAGGAGCAGACCAAGGAACUCCUCAAGGCUCCAGGCACCUCAGGCCUCCAGCAGGUGGCCUUUCAGCCUGGGCAGAAGGUUUGUGUGUGGUAUGGAGGUCAAGAGUGUACAGGACUGGUGGAGCGGCAUAGCUGGGCAGAGGAUAAGGUGACUGUCUGGCUGUUGGACCAGAAGUUACAAAUCUGCUGCAAAGUGGAGGAGGUGUGGCCGGCCGAGCUGCAGAGCCCCAUCCCCCAGGCGCCACCUCCCGAGCAGGGAACCCAGGCACCAGCCUACAGGCCUGUCUCCAGGAACAUUGAUGUCCCAAAGAGGAAGUCGGAUGCAGUGGAGAUGGACGAGAUGAUGGCAGCUAUGGUGCUGACGUCCCUGUCCUGCAGCCCCGUGGUGCAGAGUCCUCCUGGGGUCGAGACCAACUUCUCUGCUUCCCGCGCGGCCUGUGACCCGUGGAAGGAGAGCGGCGACGUGUCGGACAGCGGCAGUAGCACCACCAGCGGGCACUGGAGUGGGAGCAGCGGUGUCUCCACCCCCUCGCCCCCCCACCCCCAGGCCAGCCCCAAGUAUUUGGGGGACGCCUUUGGCUCUCCCCAAACUGAUAACGGAUUUGAGACCGACCCGGACGCUUUCCUGUUGGAUGAACCAGCUCCCCGCAAAAGAAAGAACUCGGUGAAGGUGAUGUACAAGUGCCUGUGGCCCAACUGUGGCAAAGUCCUGCGCUCCAUCGUGGGCAUCAAGCGCCACGUCAAAGCCCUCCACCUGGGGGACACCGUGGACUCCGACCAGUUCAAGCGGGAGGAGGAUUUCUACUACACAGAGGUGCAGAUGAAGGAGGAAGCUACUGCCGCUGGUGGCUCCACCGUCGACCCGGCUCCCACCCCCAGCGUGACCAGCCCGCCCCUUGCCGUUCUCCCUCCGCCUCCUCCCAAAGCCCAGUCCUCAGGCCCAGAUCACCCUGGCCUGGAGUCCUACCUGCCCUCUGGUGCUCUCAGCAAGUCAGCUCCUGGCUCCUUCUGGCACAUUCAGGCCGACCAUGCAUACCAGGCCCUGCCGUCCUUCCAGAUCCCCGUCUCACCGCACAUCUACACCAGUAUUAGCUGGGCCGCUGCCCCCUCUACGGCCUCCUCCCUCUCUCCGGUCCGGAGCCGGUCGCUCAGCUUCAGCGAGCCCCAGCAGCCUCCACCCGCCAUGAAAUCUCACCUGAUUGUCACUUCUUCACCCCGGGCCCAGAGCAGCACCAGGAAAGCCCGCGGGGAGGCUAAGAAGUGCCGCAAGGUGUACGGCAUCGAGCACCGGGACCAGUGGUGCACAGCCUGCCGCUGGAAGAAGGCCUGCCAGCGCUUCCUGGACUGAGCUGUCCAGCAGCCCUGCCCGACGGCCAGAGGACAAAGGCAGACGCCUCCUAAGCCCUCAGCAGAAACCUAAAAGCUAAGGCGUGGACAUUGGGAGUUUGGGCUCUAUUGGCUAAGGUUUAAUACUUAAAACGUUUUUCCCUCCCUCACGGGAACGUUUUAUUUAAAAAAAUAACAAAACAAAAAAAACCCAUGAAAAUAUUUUUUCCCCCCUAAAAUAGAAGAGAGCCAAAACUGACCAAGGGUAUUCUGCAGCGAACCGGAGACCAAAGAACUGAUUCCGCUCCCCUCCCCCCGGCCCGUCUCCCUAGGGGAUUAGUUUGUCCGUAAAGAAAGAAGGAACAGCUCAUUCUGUUUCCUGCUGAGGUGGUGAAUUCUUUGCUUUCUCCACUCUUCCAGAAGGGACUGUAAGCAAGAUGGAUUUACUUUUCUUUAAAAAAAAAAAAAAAAAAGAAAUUUCUGGCUGAUGACUCAGAGAGCAGGGCCUGCUAAGGCUGGUGCGGGGGAGAGUGGGGGGAAUCUGGGGGCUUUGUAAGGUGCAGCCGGCCCUCUUCUCCGCCCGAAUGUGGGAGAAGGGAGACCUUGUCCUCACCCGUCAGCUUCCAUGGAAGUCGAGGGCAAACCAUUUUCCUGGUGAUGACUGUUUGAAUCCGGGUUCCCUGACGUUGAAUUGCAGCCCAACCGAUAUUGUAUGGCUUCUUCUCCAAGCCCAGACUCGUAGGUUUGUAAAGACUGUCCCCAAAUAGCUGAGCCAAAAGGCUCAAAGGAAUUCACGUUGCGCGGCGUGGCAGUUAAACACUACCUUGAUCACUCUUUCCUAUUUCCUUGAGGAGAGACCAGAGGGUAUAUAUGGUAUUUGUGAGAGUUCUCCCCUGUUCCCCGAGUGAAUCCACUCCCCGCCAGCUCUGGAAGACACCCCAGAAACACUUUGUUUUCUGUUACGGCGUAUUCAGAAGCCUCUUUCUGAUUAAAGAUCCCUUUUGUUUGGCUGAGAGACCCUGCCCUGAGGUAGGUUCCUCUUUGUCUCUGGUUUCACCAGGGAUUUUCCCAUGUCCCUCCAAGGCCGCAGGGCUGGGCUGGCGGAGAGAACAGACUGAAAGGUAGGUGGCAGCUUCCCCCAUUGUGAGAGGGUGUUGAGUGGUCCCCAAAGGGUCCACUGGCUCACCUGCCCCUUUGGGGACCAUCUGGUCUCCUUCCUGAGGUGACAAGUAGGACAGGACUCUUCAGUCAGUGCAGGAGACUUCUGGUUGGUCCAGUCAGUGUGAUGGGGAGGGUCACUUUGAUAACGGUGUCACCUUCCCAGAUACCUGCUGAGCGCCGUUUCUGCCUGCCGGCAGGAUGCAAGAAGUUAGGAUCCUGAGGAGGUCACGUGAGGGGGACCGGGGUUGAUUUCGCAGCUGCUGGCGCUUCUGGAGACCUCAGGAAUGGAGGGGAGCCCGGACUGCGAUGCUUGGGAGGUAAAUAAGCCAAGCUGUUCUUGUUGAGGAGGAAGGAGAGGGGGGUUCCGCGCCGUGCCAGCCAGUGACGGAUCAGGGCUGGGUGAGCUGGGCGGAGGGGAGGGCGUGUUUUUGUCU